AUGCACCUCCCGUCUCUGGCGGUAACGCUGUCGGGCCUGGCGGCUCUCGUCCAGGUUCAUGCGGGCAUGUACGGCGCUCCUGUUGUCGAGCUCGACGCCAAGUCGUUCAAAGAUGUCAUGGGCAACGAGCACGCCUCCAUGGUUGCCUUCGUUGCGCCUUGGUGCGGACACUGCAAGAACCUCGGACCGGAGUUCACGGCUGCCGCGCAGAGUCUCUCCCCGCUGAUCCCUUUCUACACUGUCGACUGCGACGAGGACAAGAACCGCGCUCUCUGCGCGCAGUACGGCGUACAGGGUUUCCCGACGAUUAAGGCGUUCCCUCGCGCGGGCAAGGGCUCCGCGCGCGACUACAACGGCGAGCGUCGCCGCGGCGCCCUCGUUGAGUACGCCAAGACGCUCGUCCCCGACCGCGUCAAGAAGCUGCGCGUCGAUGGCCCUGCCGAGCCCGUCGUCAAGGGCUUCCUCAAGGAGAAGAAGGACCUUCCUCACGCUCUUCUUGUGCACCCAUCUCAGCCCAGCAUUCCCUUCCUGUGGAAGGUCCUCGGACACCGUCUCUCGAGCAAGGACGCUGCUGGUGAUGUGCUCGCGAUUGCGGACGAGGCGGGUGGUGAUGCCCGUCUCCUCUUCUGGCCUGCUGGUGCGGACCAGGGCUCCGUCGAGGUUUACAAGGGUCCCAUGAAGUUUAACCCUCUGCUCGAGUGGCUCGAGGCCGCGCUCAAGGGCGACAUCCGUCCCACCGAAGAAGAGGAGAAGGAGAAGCCCUCCGGCUCCAACUCGGGCUCGGCGAAGAAGGCCCAGUCCGGCGAAAGCGAGGCUGAGCGUCGUGCCCGCCUCCGUGCCAAGAUGGACGAGGCCGAGCGCCGCGACAAGAUCCGUCGCGAGAAGCUCGCUGCCCAGCGUGCGGCACAGCAGGCCCAGUAUGAUGAGGACGAGGAGAACGCUUCGGGUACUGAGACGGCUCCGGACGCCGAGCCGGCCGAGGAUGCAGAUGACGAGGUUGCGGCUGAGGAGCCUGGCGUCGCCGAGCCGGUCGAGAGCGAGGACAGCGAGGUUGCUGACGGCGUUGUCGUGGAGGAGGGCGCCACGGGCACUGAGAGCGCGCCCGAUGCCGAGCCGGCUGAGGACGCUGAUGACGAGGUUCGCAUCGAGGACGAGGACGAGCUCGAGGAGCCAGUCGAGGAUGACGAUGAGGACGAGGAGGAGGAGGAGGAGGAAGAGUUCGAGCACGACGAGCUCUAA